GGAACUGCAACGCAUCCUACGGUAUUUUUGAUUGGUCAACGAAAUACAGUUCAUCAUGGAGUACGUCGAUGCUGCUAAAAGUGAAAGCAACGACAACUCUUGUAACUCAACCCCUUGUGCUGAAUUAGUAUCAAAGACAAAUGCAAAUUCUAAUGAAAAUUCAUCAGUAGAAAUAAAGGACUCAACAUCAAAACAUGAGAUUCAAGAUAUACAAACGGGAGAUAGUACUAUUGCAACUACCUCGCAAGAUCCACCCCGAGAGAAUAUAGACUUUAAAGUGAUUUACAAUAAACAAAGGAUUAAUGUAAAUUUUCCACUUGAUGGCACAGUGGCAGAAUUAAAGGCCCAUCUUCAAAAUAUUAUAUCUGUGCCACAAGCUAUGCAAAAAGUUAUGAUCAAAGGAUUAGCCAAAGAUGAACAAACACUGAGAAGUUUGGGAGUUGUGAAAGGUGCCAAAGUCAUGGUAGUAGGAUCAAAACUAGAUGAUGUAUUAGCCAUUUCAAUUCCAACAAAGCAAGACCUAUCAGAUGAAGCUGCUUCUACUGCGAAUAAAGAACCUUUAUCUCAGCAGAAGAUGCACAGGAAAGUAUUAGAUAAAGGUAUUCCAGAAGAUGUCAUGCCUGGUAUAUUAGAUAGUAAGGAACCCCUACCAGAAUUUCCAUUGGCUGGCAUGUUAAAUAAAUCUGGUGGUAAAGUUAGAUUAACAUUUAAAUUAGAACAAGAUCAACUUUGGAUUGGUACAAAAGAAAGAACAGACAAAAUACCUAUGACUUCCAUAAAAGGAGUACACAGUGAACCAAUACAUGAUCAUCCAGAAUAUCAUAUUAUGGCUAUACAAUUAGGCACAACAGAAGCUUCGAGAUAUUGGAUAUAUUGGGUUCCUGCACAAUACAUAUCGGCUAUAAAAGAUGCUAUCCUCGGCAAGUGGUGCUACUUCUGACCAGACGAUGAUGAAAAUUUCUGUCUCUUCAAAAGCAAAGCGUAAUCAGGUGUAAGCAUUGAUACAAA